UUUGAACGCACCACGAGAGCUGCGGAGCGGAAUGAACGCGAGGCCCUGAAGUGCUCUCCGUUUGUGUUUGUGCACAGUCAAGUCGUUAACGAAGACCGGUUGGAACCGACGGAGAGCUGCACGAGCUUCAGCUGCAAGGACACACACAGACAGACAGACAGACAGUGAGCUGCACACACACCCAGCUGCACACAUCUGCCCGGUAUGUCCGCUGUCUGUGCGCUGAGGUCCCGCUGCUUCCCCCGGCAGGUGCUGCUCGGCCUGUCCGCAGCCAUGAGCCGCAGCUACAGCCUGGACGUCUCCGCUCCGCUGCUCCGAACGCAGGGCUACGUGGACGGCCGCUGGGUCUCCGCAGCCUCCGUGUUCCCCGUGCUGGACCCGGCCACCGGGCAGGAGAUCGCCCGGGUGGCGGACUGUGGCCCCGCCGAGGCCAAGCAGGCGGUGGACGCUGCGUACAAAGCGUUUCACUCCUGGAAGCAGUACACCGCCAAGGAGAGGAGCGUCCUGCUCAGGAAGUGGUUUGACCUGCUGACGCUGCACAAAGACGACCUCGCCAAGUUGAUCACCUUCGAAUGUGGUAAGCCGUUGCGUGAGUCUCUGGGUGAGGUUACGUACUCGGCCUCCUUCCUUGACUGGUUCUCUGAGGAGGCUCGCAGAGUUUACGGUGACAUCGUUCCGUCUCCGGCCAAAGACAGGAAAAUCCUCCUGCUCAAGCAGCCGGUGGGCGUGGCCUCCAUCAUCACGCCGUGGAACUUCCCCAGCGCCAUGAUCACCAGGAAGGUUGGAGCUGCUCUGGCCGCCGGCUGCACGGUGGUGGUGAAACCAGCCGAGGACACUCCGCUGUCGGCUCUGGCUCUGGCAGAGCUGGCGGAGCAGGCGGGGAUCCCAGCCGGGGUGUUUAACGUGGUUCCCUGCUCCAGAGAGACGACUCCAGCAGUGGGGCAGGUCCUCUGCACCGACCCCCUGGUGGCCAAAAUCUCCUUCACCGGAUCCACGGCCACCGGAAAGGUGUUGCUGAAAAUGGCCGCCGACACGGUGAAGAAGGCGUCCAUGGAGCUGGGAGGCCACGCCCCCUUCAUUGUGUUCGACAGCGCUGACAUCGACAAGGCAGUGGGCGGAGCCAUGGCAUCCAAGUUCAGGAACUCUGGACAGACGUGUGUUUGUUCCAACCGCUUCCUGGUGCAGAGUGGAAUCUACGAGCGCUUCGUGGAAAAGUUGGGCCGAGCGAUGGACGUCGAGCUGCGUCUGGGUCAUGGCUCGGAGCCUGAAACCACCCAAGGGCCGCUGAUCAACACCAGAGCUGCAGAGAAGGUGGUCCAUCAGAUAUCGGACGCUGUGUCCCUCGGGGCGAAGGUUCUGAGGGGCGGGAAGCGUCUGCAUGGCUCCUUUAUGGAACCGACUCUGCUGGCCGACGUCACCGCAGACAUGCUGUGUACGAAGGAGGAAACGUUCGGACCGCUGCUGCCCGUCAUCAGGUUUAACACAGAAGAAGAAGCUCUGGCUAUCGCAAAUGCAUCCAACGUUGGAUUAGCAGGUUACUUCUACUCACAGGAUGUGAGUCAGAUCUGGCGUGUGGCGGAGGCGUUGGAGGUGGGGAUAGUCGGCGUAAACGAGGGACUUCUGUCCACACCGGAGGCCACCUUCGGAGGCGUCAAACAGUCCGGUUUGGGCCGCGAGGGCUCCAAGUACGGCAUCGACGAGUAUCUGGAGGUCAAGUACAUGUGCUUUGGAGGCCUGAAGCCCUGAGCGAGGACGAAGCGACGCCUCGGGGCCGCCGGUACGACAACACGGUGACAUUAAUACAUCUCAGGUUCUAGUUAAACUCCCCUCAUAACAGAAUAUAAAAUAAAAAAAUUAAAACUGACAUGAUUUCAGGAAUCUGCCCAAAUUACUUAAACCUGAAAUGAGAUAUUAAACAAGGUCCUCAUCAUUUAUUUUUUGUUGCUUUUUAAAAAUGAACAUUUAAUAUGUAAGAAAAUAUUUCAGGCAAUAAUUGAUUACAGUGUUUAUGUAAUUUCUUUGGAAAAUAGUAUUAUAUUAACAUGUUCUGAUUGGCUCCAUGGUUCAUGUUAAAAUUCAGAUUUUAACAUUUUAUGCUGUUCUUUAAAAGUAUUAUUGAUGUAAUUAUUAUUCCUAUUUUUAGACCGUUUCAUUGUGAACCAGCAGGAGGCGCUGUAGCCUCCUACAAUGAAGCUUCAGUUAAUUCUUUAACAUUUGUCUCAUUUCAAAAUUAGAAUAUCAAAACAAUAUUCACUCAUAUUUCUGUUGCACAUUUAGUACUUUCAAGUAGAAAAAUAAUAUUAAAAUUACAAAUGUACCUAAUGAGGUAAAUAUUUAGUUCAAAACCCUCCAAUUACAUGCAGAAAAAACUAUUUAUUUUAAGUGAGUUCAGCCUAAAUGAUGAACAGCUGUGUUACAAAAUAUCUGGUUGUUGUAAGUUCACAGACAGUUUUUUUUACUUUUAAAUUAGAAAACUGGUGAAUUUGUCUUAGAUGAACUUCUACGUUCAGAAUCGCUGAGCUAUGAUUGGACAGAGACUAUUUGGGUAGGGGCUUAGCAAAACAAUCAGAACAUAAUGAACAACCUGCAGCCAAUCAGAAUCCAGUAUUCCAUUACUAUAAUGAAAACUGUCACUAAAACAUGAAUUUAUGCUUUUUCUUCACAAAGGUGCAAGUCAGUAAAAAAAACAUUAGUGUGAAAUUUGUGGCAGCUUCUGUUUUAACUUCUGACCAGUGACAAAGAAGCAGAGAAACAGUGAACAGGACAUGUUAAUAUAUUUUUAAAAAAGGAAAAUACCAGUUAAUUUGAAAGUUCCCUUUCUUAUUUGUUUGAUAUAUGACCAAGCUUUUCCUGCACAAAACUCUCUCAUGAAUGAAUAUGAAGCCUAGCAGUGACAAAGGUACUUAAAUAUUCUGAUAUAAUUGAACCCACAGGGACACUUGUUUUAAAAUGGGUCUUAAAAUAACAAUAUUAAUCAAUUUUUAUUCUGAAACACAUAAAACGUGCUCAUAAAUAUAUAAAAAUGAAGGAGAAACAGGGUUGAACAUGUCUGCAUGCACCUAAUGUUGUAGAGGAAGAAAAAAAACUACCAUAAUUGUGUGUUAAUUAUUGCAACAUAAUUCUAUAAAUCUUGUUGCUGUGUUGAUAAAUGUUGAUCUGAAUGCUGGUUAAAGCACAUGAGACUGUUUUCUAAGCGUCUAUCAGAAAGCAGUUCAAUCAUAAGUGCCAAAUGACUGAUUUUUAUUACUUACAGUGACAAACAACAAUACUGUCUUUAUUAAACAGUAAUUAGUACUAAUUAUACUGUUGGCAGUUCUGUGGAUGCUGGCUAUAGAUGAUUUGACUGUUGUUGAGGUGAGAUGCCUACAAGUGUAGAGAUUAAAUUAAAUGUAAGUAUUUUCAUUGCUUCAUUUUGUCAACAGAAGCCGCUUUCCAAUGAGAAACUGAAGCUGCUACAUCACUCUGUUCAUAGCCACCAGCAUCCACUGACAAAAACAGUACUUAACCUCGCAGAACUCUGCAGUAGUUGGAAUGCCGCUGCCUCGAUUGAUCAGUUCCUUUGUGUUUUAACAUGCAAGUUUGGAUCCAAAACAGCUGCUCAUAGGGAAUCUUUGGAUUUUUGGGUGUUUUCAGUGUAUAAUUUUUAAAUGAUUCAGUUCAUUUGGUGUAGGAUUUAAUAUUUUAGAGUUUUAACAUUAAUAUUUAAACCUGUUAGGUAAAUUUAGGCCCAAUGUGUGUUUUAAAUGUGCUUUAUAAACAACAAUGACUUGACUAAAGUCAGCAAUAGCAGAAACAAACUGACCGAUCAAGGCAGCAUUAAGCAACGACCUCAGCAACUUAACAUUUCUGUUUUUGUGAAUUGAGUGUGGUGGCUUUGAGGAAAGAGAUAACAGCUUCAGUUGUCAGACAAUAAAGUAAAGCAGUGGAAUUGCUCUAAACAUAGAAUACUGUUAAACUGAACGAUUUUUGUUGUAAAUGUGGAUAAAAUGUAUUUGGCUGCUUAGCGUCUUCUAACUUGGGAUCAUCACCUACUGCAGGUAACCCCGACUAUAGAUAAAGAAAAACUAAAAAUAAUUGAUGUGAAAAUGUCAUAGCAACAAGUCUGUAGCCUCAAAACUUACUUUAAGUCAUCCUGCACUUUCGUGGUUUUAAGUGAAGCACAAAGAAAUCCAAAAUUGGUUAAAGCACUUAGAGCUCAACCGCAGAAGUCAUGCUAAAUGAAAAUGUAUUUAUCGUAACAUGUGCUCAUGUCAAACCAACAAUCAAAUCAAGCCAUUUGGUAACUAAUUCCACUAUAAACUGAUUUGCUAAUAAUAGCAGUAAUGAUGUCUAUCAGUAUGUUCUUCAGUCCUGACAGUUUGUUUAGCAGAUUGUGUCUCUAAUAUAAUUUAAUUGUAAUAUACCGUUGUAGUCAAUGUAUAAAUAGAUUUUUUUGUACUUCUGACUGUAGAUUUUAAUGGAAAAAUAAAGAUUUUUAAUAUUA